AUGCAGCUCACGAGUCCGUGCCGCCACACCAUGCCGCUCCUCGUCGCCGUCCUUGUCCUCGCGGCGGCGGCAGCGGCCGACGGCGCCCUCUGCGACAAGGCGGACAAGGCGGCCCUCCUGGCCGUCAAGUCCGCCCUGGGCAACCACCCGGACCUCUCCGGCUGGAACUCCACCGCGCCCUGCUGCGCCUGGCCGGGCAUCUCCUGCGACGCCGCCACCGGCCGGGUCACCGAGCUCACGGUCUUCGCGCUCAACAUCUCGGCGCCGGUCCCGGCCGCCAUCGCCAACCUCACCGCCCUGCAGACCGUCAACCUGGCCUACAACCGCCUCUACGGCCGCAUCCCGGCGUUCCUGGGCCCGCGCGCCCUCCCGGACCUCACCUUCCUCCGCCUCGACGGCAAUCUGCUCGACGGCCCCAUCCCGCCGACGGCCACCGUGCACGACCUCUCCGUCGUCGGCAACCGCCUGGCCGGCCCGCUCCCGGCCGCCUUCGCGGGCGCGGAGUUCGGCAGCGUGGACCUCGCCGACAACCAGCUCACCGGCGACGCGUCGGCGCUGUUCGGCGCCGGGAAGCGGGUGAACUCGGUGCGGCUGUCGCGCAACCGGUUCGCGUUCGACCUCGGCCGCGUCGAGCUGCCGGCGGCGCUGGACAUACUGGCCGUUGACCACAACAUGAUGUACGGCGGCAUCCCGGCGGCCGCGGCGGCGAGGAAGUGGCUGGCGUUCGACGUGAGCUACAACAGUCUGUGCGGGUCGAUCCCGCAGGGCCGGUACACGCACAGGUUCGGCCCCAAGCACUUCGCGCCCAACAAGUGCCUCUGCGGCCGCCCGCUCGCGCCCUGCAGCUAA